AUGAUAAAGAAAUAAAUAAGCUCGAUCUAAUAGGUUGUUAAGACAGGAACUUAGAUUGUGGAAUAUUCCUGGUUUUAGCAUCAUCAAGUUUUCAGUGAGCCUCCUAUAAGCAACUGGAAAUAGACAAUAAUGGAUAAUUUUGAAUGGUUCCUCAUUCUUAUGGUUCUGGUCUAUUGUGUGACAUUCAUCUUCAUGUACAAGAAUUUUAGUUAAAAAUCUCAUAAAAUAAUUGUGAACGUCAGAAAAGAGAGUGCAACAAGUGAUGAAUUGCAAAAUUCGGUUCGUCUAGGCACUGAGCAAAAUGAAAAACAAAAAAAAGACUAAACUUCUAGUACGGAAUCAUCACCUAGAAAUAUUUAAAAUAAACCUAAAAAUAAUACACUUGUGUUGACUGAUCAAGCUUUUAAUUUAAAAGGGAAUAAAGUGUCUGAAUCAAGAGAAAAAAUCAUCUCGUGGGAAAGACAUUAAGAGGAGAAUAUGAUAACUUAGAUAGAAACAAAGAAAGUGCGAAUUAAAGCAAGUGAUGACCAUUUACAAUUUGUGACUUCCCAGUUUGGAGAUUUGAAUUAGAAAAAUGCUAAAGGUGUACACAUGAUAGAAUAGGAUAAUGGAGAUGGAAAGGCAGAGAGAAUUAUUCACAUUCUUACAGAUUGGAGCAGAUAUUGUGAAACUGGAAAGUUCCAGAAAUUGUACACUCUUCCUAAACUUAUUGGCAAAGGGGCGUUUGGAGAAGUCUACAAAUCUCAAAAAAUCAUUGAUCUCAAAGAAUAUGCAGUCAAAAGAAUCUAUUUUAAAGUCUAAAAUGAAAAAACCUUAAGAGAUCAUCCAAUUUUUAGAGAAAUUGGAUCACUCUAAGAAAUUAAUCACAAAAAUGUAGUUAGAUAUUAUACUAGUUGGAUUGAAGAGUUAACUAAAGACAAUUUAGCAGACAUUGCUAAAUUACAUAAAAUUGUAGAUGAUCAAAAAUAGGCCAAAUUAAAUGAGGUAUAGAAUUCAUAUUAACCUCAAUUGAUGGAUGACAUGUCUUCUAUAAAUAAUUAUGUUUAAUUUAUUGGAGGAAAUGAUGCAGAUAAUGAAUAAUAAAUCUAGACUAUUUCAAAACAAUCCAAAAAUUUGGUUAGUUUUCAUUUAUCAGAUUGCAGCAGUCAUAUUCAAUCUCAAAUGCGCAGAUAUCACUUUAAUCCAAAUUAAAAAGAUGAAUAAUACUAAUUGUUUACCUUAUACAUUGAAAUGGAAUUGUGUGAUUAUACAUUGAGAGAUUUCAUUGAUAAGGUUGAUAGAAAAAAAGAUUAUCCUCUUAUUAAAUCCAUAUUUAUCUAAAUACUGGAAGGAAUCAUAUAUAUGCAUACUAACCAAUAUAUUCAUCGAGAUUUAAAACCACAGAAUAUAUUUAUUAAUUCGAAGAAUGAAGUCAAAAUUGGAGAUCUUGGACUUUGCAAUUCUUUAAUUAUUAAAAUGGAUGACGAGUUCACUUCUAGUUCUGGUGAAUACACGAACAAUGUUGGAACUCCUUUGUAUAUGGCUCCGGAAGUCAAAGACGAUCUUUACGGUUCAGCAGCUGAUAUAUACCCUUUAGGAAUAAUAUUAUUUGAGAUGUUGUGGGAGAUAAAGACUCACUAUGAGAAAAAUAGAUUGAUACAAUCUCUUACCAAAGAUUCUAUUUUACCUCCUGAUUUAUUUAAGAAUCAUCCUGUUGAAGCAGAAUUGAUUCUUAAGAUGGUUAGUAAGAAUCCAAACAAACGGCCAACUGCUCAAUAGGUUUUAGAUUCUCUAAACAAAUAAUGA